GAGCCCAAGGUCUCCUUGCUCGAGUCACUCGUCCAGGCGUCGCAGACCGAUAUACAGUCGCAUGUCACUGAGGGUGUCGAGGGCUAGUGGAGCGGCGUCCGUGAGGAAUGGGCUGAGGAGCGCAUGCGGAUCAAUCAGGCGCGUGAGGUUUGGGAGGCGCGCGUGCGGGCUGCUGAGGAGGGGUUUGACGGCGCCGUCGCGAAGGUGGAUGCCGGGCUCGCGACGCUGCAGCAACACCGACUCAAGGCGAACGUGAACGAGCGCAACGGUGUCAGGCUCGUCACACCCCCCAGUCCACGCAACAUCUCGUCUGACUCGGGCAAGCGCCAUCGGCGGAAACGAUCGACAAUCUCCCGAGGCCGAUCGCGUUCGCACUCGGCCGAGUCGAACAAGGACGACGGUGGGUACGCGAGCUCAUUCGAGGGCGUGACACUGCUCGAUGACAAGCGCCAGUCAGCUUCCAAAGCACGCACGCGAGUGCCCUGGGCGCAGGAUGAUUCGGAUUCGGACGUGCGUCAUGCAAGCGACGAUGCGAGGAUCAUGUCCUUGAAGCACUAUGCCAUCACCUCAGAGUCGUCGGUCCAGAAGGCAUCGACAGGGUCCACGACGACGAUGACGACGGAGGAUGACGCUGCACAUGCCUCGUCUGCCGCCGCCGCCGAUCUGAAGGGCGCACACCUGGCGCCAAUGGUUCAACAUUCAGCACAGAUGUCGACGACGGUGGGCGUGCUCAUGCUCAGCGUCGCCGCCUUGGCGGUGCUAUGGCGUAUCAAAGGAUAAUAGUUGCCGGGCAAAUCUCACGGUCCUUUUAUGAUGGUUCAAUCCCUGCGCACGUCUGGCUCAGUGGCGAUCCUGUCCCUCCUUUUUCCGCCCUCAUGCUCCUCACUGCUGCACCGCCUGUUCUGUUUCUGUCCUGCUGCCCUCCUGGCGUCUCUUGCCUCUUCUCGUCGCAUGUCGUUUCCUUCGUCGAUCCCACGCACGGCCAUUGCUACGAUCCCAUGCAACAUAAUCACUUCGUCGUGCCCUUGUUCACCCUUCCUCGUCCUGCUGAGACCCCGCCGUCCCUACACAGUCGCCAUGUCUCCACGCGCCCCCGCUCCUGCCUCACUUGUGCUCUACGUCUAUGUACGAAGCAUCGUAAAUAUCAUGCCACACGCACUUCAGUGUAUCGACGAGGAAGGUGAUUAGGAGCUAGCAGCAAAGAGAUGAGCUAGGAAGAGGGAGGCCGAGCAUUACCAAGUCCAUAUCGCCCUCGUGCUCAUGCGUGCACGCGCGAUUCCUCAACGCCACGCACCCGUCUUUGCUCGCGACCCAUAUCCGCGCCCGUGCGUCUCCUCAAGCCCACCACCCACCAUCCUAGCAUAUCCUCCGCCUCCUCCACCUUCGUCAACACCUCUGCCUCCGAUGCCUCGUCCACCGUCACCACCAUCACCACCCACAUCACCACCACCACCACCACCUCCUCCUCCACCU